UAGAAAAUGAAAUGUCAUCACUUCCCUCUGAAUUCCUCGAUGGAAGUUCCAAUAAGACGGAAAGAACGAUAAAAAGAAGAGAGAAAAAAAAUGGUGAUCCAAUAACCGUGAUGAAUAACAAAGUGAUUGUUAUUUUAAUCUUCACGCUGGUUUUUUUAACGGAGAGAUACACUGAACCGUCCCCUGUUGUCCUCACCGAGAAGCAGUUGAAAAUAUCUCGAACCCAGGAUACAUCAGCCGGUGUUGAACCGACUUUGGAGAACAUCGGACCGAGAGAUGACGCCUUCAUCAUUGCUGCACCACGUCGGGUCACUCGCUGCAAACCCGGGGAACGACCGGAUAAACGAGGAAGGUGCAGAGUGCCAUGGUGAUUAU